CACCCGGAUCCAGAGCUAAUCGACCUGUGCAUCCACAGAGUGAGAGAGACUGGCAGAGAGGAGAUCGGGCAUUCCUGUGUUUCCAUGGCUACCUACUUGGAAUUUAUACAGCAGAAUGAAGAGCGAGAUGGGGUGCGUUUCAGUUGGAACGUGUGGCCUUCCAGCCGGCUGGAAGCUACACGAAUGGUUGUCCCUUUAGGCUGCCUUUUUACACCUCUGAAAGAACGCCCUGACCUACCUCCUGUGCAGUAUGAGCCAGUGUUGUGCACAAGGCCAACGUGCAAAGCAGUCCUUAAUCCAUUAUGCCAAAUCGACUACAGAGCUAAGCUGUGGGCAUGUAACUUCUGCUUCCAACGAAAUCAGUUCCCUCCAACAUAUGCUGGCAUAUCAGAAAUGAACCAGCCUGCAGAGCUAAUGCCACAGUUCUCUACCAUUGAAUACAUUGUACAGAGAGGUCCACAGACUCCACUUAUCUUCUUGUAUGUGGUGGACACUUGUCUGGAGGAAGAAGAUCUCCAGGCUUUAAAGGAGUCUUUGCAGAUGUCUCUUAGCUUGCUGCCUCCUGAUGCUCUGGUCGGUUUGAUCACAUUUGGCAGAAUGGUGCAAGUUCAUGAACUAAACUGUGAUGGGAUAUCUAAAAGCUAUGUCUUCAGAGGGACCAAAGAUCUGACUGCUAAGCAAAUACAGGAUAUGCUGGGUCUUGCAAAGCCUGUUGCUCAGGCACAGCCUGGGAGACCCUUACAGCCUCAGGAGCAACCUUUCUUGUCAAGCCGCUUCCUACAGCCAGUUCACAAAAUUGACAUGAAUUUAACAGACUUACUUGGGGAGUUGCAACGUGAUCCAUGGCCUGUAACACAGGGAAAACGACCUCUUAGAUCAACUGGUGUCGCUUUGUCUAUUGCUGUCGGAUUAUUGGAGGGUACACUGCCAAAUACAGGUGCAAGAAUAAUGCUGUUUACUGGCGGUCCACCAACACAAGGCCCCGGCAUGGUAGUUGGAGAUGAACUUAAAACACCAAUUCGCUCCUGGCACGAUAUUGACAAGGACAAUGCACGUCUCAUGAAGAAAGCCACGAAGCACUACGAGGCUUUGGCCAAUCGCACGGCAGCCAAUGGACAUUGCAUUGACAUUUAUGCCUGUGCGCUGGAUCAAACCGGUCUUUUGGAGAUGAAAUGCUGUUCAAAUCUCACUGGGGGUCAGAUUGUAAUUGGAGAUUCUUUCAAUACAUCACUGUUUAAACAAACCUUUCAGAGAGUUUUUAGCAAAGAUUUAAAUGGGGAAUUCAAAAUGGCGUUUGGAGCCAAUCUUGAAGUUAAGACCUCAAGAGAGCUGAAAAUUUCAGGUGCUAUUGGACCAUGUGUUUCCUUAAAUGUGAAAGGACCUUGCGUCUCUGAAAAUGAAUUGGGUAUUGGCGGAACGAGUCAGUGGAAAAUAUGUAGUUUGGAUCCAAGUACAACACUUUCUAUUUAUUUUGAAGUGGUGAACCAGCACAAUGCACCCAUUCCUCAAGGUGGCCGGGGCGCUGUGCAGUUUGUAACCCAGUACCAACAUUCCAGCACGCAGAAAAGAAUUCGAGUAACGACAAUAGCCAGAAAUUGGGCAGAUGCACAAACCCAGCUUCAGCACAUUGAGGCAGCAUUCGAUCAGGAAGCAGCAGCUGUGUUAAUGGCUCGUCUAGGGGUUUAUCGAGCUGAGACUGAGGAGGGACCUGAUGUCCUCCGAUGGUUAGACAGGCAACUAAUCCGACUUUGCCAGAAAUUUGGGCAGUAUAACAAAGAUGACCCAACUUCCUUCAGGCUAUCAGACUCCUUUUCACUUUAUCCUCAGUUUAUGUUCCACUUGAGAAGAUCUCCUUUCCUGCAAGUGUUUAAUAACAGCCCAGACGAAUCUUCCUAUUAUCGCCAUCACUUUGCCAGACAGGACCUGACCCAGUCUCUAAUCAUGAUCCAGCCCAUUCUCUAUUCUUACUCCUUCUAUGGACCUCCAGAGCCUGUUCUGUUGGAUAGCAGCAGUAUUUUACCAGAUAGGAUCCUACUCAUGGAUACCUUCUUCCAGAUUGUCAUCUACCUUGGAGAGACCAUUGCACAGUGGCGCAACGCUGGCUACCAGGAGAUGCCUGAAUAUGAAAACUUCAAACACCUUCUACAAGCACCAUUAGAUGAUGCGCAGGAAAUCUUACAAAGCAGAUUCCCAAUGCCACGCUACAUUAAUACAGAACACGGAGGGAGCCAGGCAAGAUUCUUGCUCUCCAAAGUAAAUCCAUCACAGACUCACAACAAUCUGUACAACUGGGGACAGGAAUCUGGGGCACCCAUACUUACAGAUGAUGUCAGCCUGCAAGUUUUCAUGGAUCACUUGAAAAAGUUGGCUGUUUCUACUGCAUCGUAAUUUCAACUGAAUCUUAAAUCUCUGGAGUUUUUAGAAGACAUUCCUGAUGUAGUUUUAAAAAAAAAAAAAAAUCUAAAUUUUAGUAUAGAGCUAAAAAAGAGAUACAUGAAGUCACAUUUUUUUUUAUUUUUUUUCCAUCUUGGGUUAUAAUUUAUUUGUGUUUUACAGACAUAAUUAGUGUUUGACUAUUAACAAUGAAUGUAUAUAUUUUCAAUGCUUUGUUUAAUCUUGUAUUUUUCAGUUUGUUUUGUGUUUCUGUGUAAAAUACUCAUCCAAAAUCUUAGUCAAUUCCGAUGCUAAAACAGCCAUUAUUACUUGUAAUUAAAUAAAAACGAGAGGCAACUGUGAACUGGAAGUGUACACCAUUCCAUUAAUAUCCUGAGCCCUAGAGUAUAAACCACUGCCGUUUGCAUUGCUGCGUUAGAACAGAUAAAACAAUCCUAGUUUGUCGAUGAUUGAUUUUAAGAGUUCUAGAUGUGGGUUUAAAAACAUCACAAUUCAGGGCCAUAUACGAAAUGUCAAAAACAUUUAUGGAAUGCCAUUAUUUCCAUUAAAACUUUAUUUUACUAUUUAA